CAACAUCACUUAGCAAAAAAAAAAAAAAAAACCAUCCAACAUCAAAUCAGUGACAAAUUAGAAGAACGAAAAUGAUGAGAAACCCAUUUCCUCAUUUGUAUCUAUUAGCCAUUUUCACUGUUCUUUUCUUAUCUAAAUCCUCUCAUCAAUCUCUCUUAGAUGAUGUUAGUAUCCCAGACCUUAAACUAGGCGAUGCUUUUAUCCCAAACCCCAGACUCCAAAGCGCUUUCGUCGCUCUCCAAGCAUUGAAACAUGCAAUUGUAUCUGAUCCAAACAAGUUUACGUCGAAUUGGUACGGACCCGAUGUGUGCAGCUAUAAUGGUGUUUAUUGUGCACCAGCUCCUGAUGCUCCUCGCAUCAGAACUGUUGCAGGAAUUGAUCUCAACCAUCAAAACAUUGCUGGUACAUUACCAUAUCAACUUGGUUAUCUUACCGAUCUCGCCCUUUUUCACAUCAAUUCCAAUCGUUUUUAUGGAGGCAUACCUGAAACUUUUAGGUAUAUGCGUCGUUUAUUCGAGUUGGAUGUCAGUAAUAAUAAGUUCUCGGGUAAGUUCCCUUCAGUGGUGUUUUAUCUGUCUUCGCUGAAAUUUCUAGAUAUUCGGUUCAAUGAAUUCUAUGGGGAUGUUCCUUCGAAGCUCUUUGAUAUGAAACUCGAUGCACUCUUUAUAAAUGACAACAAAUUUCGGUUCACUAUCCCGAAAAACUUCGCCAACUCCACUGUUUCCGUGCUUGUAUUGGCGAAUAACCAACUGAAUGGUUGUUUCCCUUCUGAUCUGGGUAAAAUGGCAGGAACACUGAACGAGAUUAUUAUCACGAAUAGCGGACUUAAUGGUUGUUUACCACCAGAGAUUGGCAAGUUGAAUCAGUUGACAGUUUUUGAUGUCAGUUUCAAUAAUUUGGUUGGGCCAUUGCCUGAGACAAUGGGAAAUAUGAAGAGUCUGGAGCAGCUGAAUAUAGCACACAAUAAAUUUUCAGGAAACAUUCCACCAAGUAUCUGUUCUUUGCCUAAAUUGGAGAAUUUCACAUACUCGUACAAUUACUUCUGCGGCGAGCCUCCAAGCUGUUUGAAGUUGCCUGACAAGGAUGAUAAAAAGAAUUGUAUCCCAUAUAGGCCACUACAGCGGUCACUUAUGGAGUGUUCCUCGUUUCUUUCUCACCCUGUAAGCUGUAAUUCAUUCGGAUGUUCACUAAGGACACCACCACCGCCCAGGCACUAUUAGAUUAGCAUUACGAUAAAUUUGUAAUAUGUACCACUUCUACGAUUUGAUGUCAGGUUUUGUUUGUGUUUUGAAACUUAGGUAUAUAUGGGCUUAUAAAAUGCCCAAUGAAUGUAAUUCACUUUUGUUAUUCGGGUAUA